AUGUUAUCCUCGGAUUGUGAAACAAAAGAUAAUGACAGUAGACCAGAUUCUCCAGGAGAUAACCCCAUUACCCCAAUUAUACAUCCAGCUCUAUCAGCUGGUCCCCCUGAUCCUGCAAAAUUUUAUCCUGAUCACUCUGAUAUUGGUGCAUCUGGUACAGCUCUGAGAGUAGAUACAGAGUUUCCAUGUGCUAUAGAUGCCAAAUGUUUUACACAGAACACAAAGCCUAUUAACCCACAGACCGGUAAGGCAGGUGAGAGGCCAUUUCUGUGUUCUGAGUGUGGGAAAUCUUUUGCAUACAAUUCAGUUCUUAUUAGACAUCAGAGAAGUCACACAGGUGAGAAGCCAUUUCCAUGUCCUGAGUGUGGGAAAUGUUUUGCACGCAAAUCAGAUCUUAUUAUACAUCACAGAAGUCACACAGAUGAGAAGCCAUUUCCAAGUUCUGAGUGUGGGAAAUGUUUCACACAGAAAUCAGUUCUUGUUAGACAUCAGAGAAGUCACACAGGUGAGAAGCCAUUUCCAUGUUUUGAGUGUGGGAAAUGUUUUGCAUACAAAUUAGUUCUUAUUAGACAUCAGAGAAGUCACACAGGUGAGAAGCCGUAUUCCUGUUCUGAGUGUGGGAAAUGUUUUUCAUCGAAACCAGAUCUUGUUUGUCAUCAGAGAAGUCACACAGGUGAGAAGCCAUAUUCCUGUUCUGAGUGUGGGAAAUGUUUCGCACAGAACUCAGCUCUUGUUACACAUCAGAGAAGUCACACAGGUGAGAAGCCGUAUUCCUGUUCUGAGUGUGGGAAAUGUUUUAUACAGAAAUCACAUCUUAUUAAACAUGAGAUAAGUCACACAUGCGAGAAGCCAUUUUCUUGCUAUGAGUGUGGGAAAUGUUUUAUCCAGAAAUCACAUCUUAUUAAACAUGAGAUAAGUCACACAUGCGAGAAGCCAUUUUCUUGCUAUGAGUGUGGGAAAUGUUUUAUCCAGAAAUCACAUCUUAUUAAACAUGAGAGAAGUCACAUAGGCGAGAAGCCAUUUUCUUGCUAUGAGUGUGGGAAAUGUUUUACCUGGAAAUCACAACUUGUUACACAUCAGCGAAGUCACACAGGUGAGAGGCCAUUUCCAUGUUCUGAGUGUGGGAAAUGUUUUGCACACAAAUCAGAUCUUAUUAAACAUGAGAGAAGUCACACAGGUGAGAAGCCAUUUUUUGCUCAGAAUGUGGGAAAUGUUUUACACGGAAAUUAGAUCUUUUUACACAUCAGAGAAGUCAGACGGGAAAAGCCAUUUCCAUGUUCUGAGUGUGCGAAAUGUUUUACAUAGAAAUCACAACUUGUUACACUUCAGCGAAGUCACAGGUGAGAGGCCAUUUCCAUACUCUGAGAAAUAAAUCAGCACAAUAGACAUCACUCAGGUGAGGAACCAUUUUAAUCUUCUGGAGUAUUCUCAUAAAUGCCAUGCGUUGUUCUUCAAGGUUCUUCUAUUUGCUAUGCUUUUUGCAAUAUACAUGUUACCACUGGGUGAAAUAAUCAGAUGUCAUGACCUCAUCUACCACUGCUGUACAGAUGACCUGUCUUUUGCUACAGGUACUGAGAACCCAGUCCCAAUCCUAAAUGGUUGUCUAGGUGAGCUCCAGGUGUGGGUGAUGCCAGUUGGCUGUGACUCAGUCCUGGUGAAACAGGUCCAUAUGGUAGAAGCUCACCAACAAAGGGCAGGGUGACAGCUCAGCUUUGUUACCAACCAUACAUACGCUUGGGGGUUCAGAGUCACAAAAUGCUGAUCAUGUGCGGAAUCUUGGUCUCCUGGAUGGUGGAGUGACACUUAGACAUUAGUAUCUGCCACAAACAGAUCCUCAUCUGAGGAACAUAGCCAGACUCCAGCACUUAUUUCCCUCAGAAGAUCUACCUACAGUCAUACAUGUACUUGUAUCAUCAUACAAAGACUACUGCAAUGUCCUCUACCUGGGUCUCCCAGCAAAAGAAUUGCACCCCUUGUAGCUUGUACAGAAUGCAGCAGCCAGGCUGUUACCUAACCAGCCCGUUCCUGCCACAUAACACCCAUUCUCUGCUCCCUUCACCGGCUGCCUGUAAGAUGGUGACUAUUACAUAAUCUUACUGACUCUCCCAGCCCUACAUGACCAGAGUCCCAAUGUCCAUGGUACCAGAAGCAGCUUCUGCCUCCUUUCUGCCCUGGUUACUUCCACCUGCAGAUGAAGGACUGUUACCAGCAGUACCAAGAAUCCACAAGAAGUUCUGAGAUGUCAGGGGGACACAGGGUGGGUGGCACUAUUGCUGUAGCGGGGGCUGCCAGAGGCACUGUCUAUAGGUAAUAUUGUCCCCAAGCAGUGCUGAGGUGGAAGAGGGGGGGCACAGGGUGGCGAGCA